CUGCCUUAUCCUAAUUUUGUUUUUGUUUUGUUGGUGCAUCUUGGGGAUUUUAACAUUAAGAACUCCAAAAUAGCUAUGAUUCUGAAUACAAUGAAUGAAGGAAAUUUAUUUCUGAUAGGGAAUAUGCGUGAUGUUUUAUCCUAAUUUUGUUUUUGUUUUGUUUUGUUGGUGCGUCUUUGGGAUUUUUACAUUAAAAACACCAAAACAGCUCAAUGAUUCUGAAUACAAUUAAGGAAGGAAAAAUUGUUCCAUCAGAAGUUACUGUCAAAUUGAUUUUAAGAGAGAUGAAAUCUAGUGACAACCGGAAGUUUCUUAUUGAUGGUUUCCCUAGAAGCGAGGAGAACCGUAUAGCUUUUGAAAAAAUUAUUGGAGCAGAACCACGGUUUGUACUUUUCUUUGAUUGCCCUGAAGAAGAGAUGGUGAAACGUGUGCUUAGCCGUAAUGAGGGUCGAGUUGAUGACAAUAUAGAUACAAUGAGGAAUCGUCUUAAAGUGUUUGAAGCUUUGAAUCUUCCCGUUAUUGAUUAUUAUGCGAAGAAGGGGAAACUUUACAGGAUCAAUGCAGUGGGAACAGCGGAUGAAAUAUUUAAGCAAGUUCGGCCAGUUUUUGAGGCUUGUGAGCUCGAGGCUAAAUGAAAGCUGUUUGAUUUGGCUGAGAACACUGUCAAGUUGACUAAAUUUUGGAUUUAGUGAGAACCCAACAUUGUUAGCAGUUGACUACAAGAUCUGUCCUAAUGUCUUGCGGCUUGUCGUGUGGGAUUUGGUAGCUCUAAACUCAUCCCCUGAAGUAUUUCAAAUUGACAUGUACACGUCCACCAUUCACAGGAGAUGGUUCUUGUUGCCUUUUUUUAUUUCCUCCUUAUAAUGCCUAACCGGCAAUAUACAGCUUAUGCGUUAUGCCCUCGAGAAAAAGGCAUACGCCUGGUGCUAAACUGUUUCUAACAACAUAGGAAUUGUUUAGAAAGCGCAGAUUAUGCGAUUUAGUACCGUAUGUUUGUAACAAUAAAUUGAAUUGUAUAUCUCGCACAAGUUUGAAUAUAUUAAUAAUA